AUCGAAAUAGAUAAAUGGCUUGAGGAAAAUUGACAAAGGGGUAAGAAUGAGGCUAAGGCAGCAUCGUGGGAACAGAUUCAAAGCUGAUUUCUUUCCUGUUGAUCAGCAUCAAGAGCCAUUGUGCUGACGUUGAUUAUGCACUAUAGGACACUACAUUUGAGCUUUUGUAAAAUUUAUGAUGGGUAUUUUUGGGGUUCUAUCUAUAAUAUGCCUCUCUGGGAUAGUUAAGUGAAGAAUCUUUAAGACAGACUUAUAUACUGUAGGUAAACAUAUGUAAUUACAGAGUAAGCAGGUUCAAAAUUUAGAUAUUAAGUUAGUCAAAGUUUAGAGACCAUCGGAUAGGAUAAAGCCAAUAAAGUCUCACCCAAUUCUAUUGUCUCUCUCCCUUUUAUAGGGGAGCAGGAUGCAGCCAGAAAGAGUGGAAUUGCUUAAAGUACUAGACAGUAAGAAUUUGAGUAGAACAGAAUAAAGUUAUCUGUGUACAGCAAGUAAAACGGUUACGUUCACGUGAAAGUUGGAUUUUUAUUUGUUAGAUUACUUCUUACACUUUAAUUAAGCAGUAGUGUUUUGAAAUCAUCCUUAUCUAUGUUUGACAAUUUAGAAGUACAUCAUGUCACAGAUGAUCCACUUCUUUCUCUAAAAAUAAAUGAGCAAAAUCUCAUUUAUUUGAAAUGCUAAAUUCUUCCUGCUAGGACUUUAAACCUCUUCCUGUUCAAACAGGGUUCACAGUGAAUAAACAUUCAAAGUCCAAACCAGUGCAGUCAACAAGCCUGUCUCCACAGAUUUUUCCAAAGGUUUACCCUCUGACAGGACCGGAGUAAAUCCACACAGCAUGGAGCUGUCUCCUCCUCCCACAGGGUUAGAAGCUGAGAGUGCAGCCCUUUUCACCACCGGAUCUCUUCACUUCCUGCAUGAGCUGAUCUCCACGUUUGAUGAGGAGGUGGAGAAGAUCCUCCAGCUGAGAGUGUCCAGAAAGGCUCACCUGGAUCUUUCGGGUGAACUCCCAAAUUUCCUGGAAAGCACCGCACACAUGAGGGCAGACCCAGACUGGAGGGUGCUCCCAGUCCCUCCCAGGCUCCAAAAGAGGCAUGUAGACAUUGGAGACAUGGCCCCCUGUGAUACCUCACGCUUCAUCAGGGCUUUGCAGUCUCCAGCACAGGGCAUACAGGUUGACUUUGAUGAUGGGAACUGCCCAACGUUUCACAACCAGAUCAAAGGGAUUCACAAUAUCAUUCUGGCAGUGAACAACCGACUCCCUGGGGCCCCACACAUCUCCCGGGCCCCGGUGCUGAUGUUGCGUCCCCGGGCCUGGAACAUGGUGGAGCACAACAUGAUGGUGGAGGGAAAGGAAGCUCCUGGUCCUCUGUUUGACUUUGGCCUGCUCAUGUAUCACUGUGGAAGGACGUUGCUUGAACACCAGAGUGGACCGUUUUUCUACCUGUCAAAGGUGGAGAACCUGGUGGAGGCCAGGCUGUGGAACAACAUCUUCAUCUGGACUCAACAGAAGCUGGGUCUUCCACUGGGUUGCAUCAAGGCGACGGUGCUGAUAGAAAACGUGUUGGCAACUUUUGAAAUGGAGGAGAUUCUCUAUGAGCUGCGGGAACACUCAGCAGGGCUCAACUGUGGCAUCUGGGAUUACUCUGCUUCCUUCGUCAAUAAGUUUGGUCACCGUCAGGACUUCCUGCUGCCAGACCGCAGCAAGUACGUGAACAUGGAGAAACGCUUUCUGCGGAGCUACAUGGACCUGCUGGUUCAGACGUGUCAUAGACGGGGAGCGCUGGCCACAGGAGGCAUGGCUGCUCCGCUGCUGCCUCACCGCCAGCACACACACUCCUACAGCACAGUGCUGGCCUCUGUGGAAAGGCUGAAGUUAUUGGAAAUCAAGGCAGGUGUUGAUGGCUUCAUGGUGUAUGACAUAAAUUUGAUUAAACCCAUGCAAGAACUGUUUGAGCUUCACACCGAGGGUGACAACCAGCUCCACCGGCUCCGGGACGAUGUCAGCGUGACUCCUGAGGACCUGCUGUCCAUGCCCUCUGGAGGAGUCACUCUUUAUGGGCUGAAGUAUAACAUUGCAGUGGGUGUCCUGUUUAUUAAUGCGUGGCUAUCAGGUAAAGGCCAUUUUUUCUACAGAGGCCAGGUGGAAGACUCAGCCACCGCAGAGAUUUCUAGAUCCCAGGUGUGGCAGUGGAUCCGACACCAGGCUCGGCUGGAGGAUGACAGCCGGGUGGUGAGCAGGCAGCUGGUCACUGAACUCACCAAGGAGCUCAGCACUGAACUCAGCCGUCUGUGUCCGUCUGAAAGGGCGGAACAGAGGUUACACACGGCAGCAGACAUGUUCCUGGAGGUGGUUCUGAAGAGACAUUUCCCAGAGUUCAUCACCUCUUACCUGAACUUGGACCACACUUUUCUCACCUCCCAGAACCUGAGAGAGGAGGAGGAGGAGGCAGUGGAAAUAGGAAGACAGCGAGCUAAACUGUGAGGGGCAGCCAGGAGCAGAGUGACGGAGAACCAACAGACAUAAAAGUCGUGACAUGUAUGCAGCUGAUUCUGUGUAACAAAAUCCUUCAGAGAAAUGUGCCUAUAGAUUUCACUUACUAGUCCAGCUUAUGGAUUCAAAAUUACCAAUCAGAAAAUGACUCCAAAUCCACAAUAAUACAGUGUGAGACUCUUCAUACAGCAAAACAACAUGAAGGGUUAAAUUAGCUAAAAGUGAUAGGUCUGUACAUUAAAAUGUACAAUAUUUAAUCAAUGAUUCUGUCUCAAAACUGUGAAUACCAAACUAAUAUGUGAUCGCCUACAACUUUAACUGUGAGCUAACAACAGGCUAAAUCCUAUCAAAACUGAACUUUAGAUAAUCAGUGCAUGAUACCAGACAGCAGAGGCUUCCCUACCUAAACAAGAUUAAAACACACAGUUGUAGGACAAUAAUAAUAAUGGCUACCAACAUAAAAUUAAUCCAGAGAUAAAAUGUUCUGGUUCUGCUGGAGGUUUCGUCCUGUUAAAGGGGAGUUUUUUCCUCUCCAGUCUCUAUAUGCAUGUUAAGCAUAAGGGAUUGCUGUAAAGUGAAUGAUUUGAUUCAGUCUUUUGGGUUUUCUUACAGAAAAAAAUGUUUAGAAUUUGAACAAUAAACGGAGCUUAAUCUGUUUUGAGAUGGUAGUUGUUGUGAAUUGGUGCUACAGAA